ACGCUGAUCCACAAUUUGUAACAGGUGGGUAAUGAGUUGAAUCUGGGCCGGUAACCGGAGUUCAUAGGCGAGUGAAUGUUACCACCUGCCCGACAUUUAUCUUUUAGUUUACCUAUUUUUUUUUUUUUUUUUAGUCUCCUCUCGAAACAUCUCACCGUGAGGUAUUAGCCUGUGAGUCAUGGAACGUUACGAAACGCCUGAUCUACGAGUAACUCUUUAUGAAAAUGGAACUUCGAUUCGAGACAUUGCUAACGAGAAGGUUAAAGACAAUGAACCAAAAAGAGAGGAUGUAGAUGAUCCAUUCUACCUCUACGACCUCGGCGAUGUAGUGACCAAAGACAAGUUGUGGGCGAAGUUAUUGCCAAACGUCGAAGUAUUCUUUGCCGUGAAAAGCAACCCGGAUCCAGUGAUCAUUCGUCUCUUGAUUGGACUUGGUAAAUCGUUUGAUUGUGCUAGCAAGAAAGAGAUCAAAAUGGUUCUAGAUCUAGGAGCAAGCGCUGAUCGCAUUAUCUUCGCUCAUCCCUACAAACAAGAAUCACAUCUUCGUUUUGCGAAAGAGAAAGGAGUACGACUCAUGACAUUUGACACGGCGGAAGAACUGCAGAAAGUCAAACGGGUUCACCCUAAAGCGCAGCUCGUGCUUCGUAUACGUUAUGACGACAGCACGGCUACAUUUAAUUAUGGAGCAAAAUUUGGUUGUCGCGGGGAAGAAGUACGCCCCCUCCUGGAGAUUGCCAAGAAACUAGGACUAGAUGUUGUUGGUAUCAGUUUCCAUGUGGGUAGUGAGGCUUCUAACCCUCAGAUUUUCAGCGAUGCAAUUCGUUUCACUCGGCCGUUGUUUGAUAUUGGCACAUCUCUCGGAUUUAACAUGAAGCUGCUAGACCUGGGUGGUGGGUUUCCCGGAAGAUUGUACCCAAAGGCAACCUUCGAUAAGUUUGCAGACGUCAUCACCCGGGCACUAGACGAACAUUUCCCCGCCAGCAGUGGCGUGCGAAUUAUUGCCGAACCGGGAACAUUUUACACUCGUUCAGCAGGAUACCUAGUGGCGAAUGUCAUUGCCAAACGUGUGAACAAAGUUGACAUCAAUGAACGGCGUGAAAGAGUAUCAGUCCUCCAUACCCCCAAACGUUAUUUCUCAAUAACCCACACGUCGCACCAAUUUUACAACAUGGUUUUGGCCACCGACAGAUAG